UAUGGAACAGCUCGGCCUAGUCUGACACAACUAGGCAUCCUCCAACGGAGCUUUGCCGCAGUUCCUGCUCCUCGCCUCCACCCUUUUUCUCGAGCGAAAAAAGGGCCUGAUCUUGAGCAAACUGCAAACCCCCUGCUGCGAUGCUGGUCGCGAGCACGGGGGUGAGGAUCAUGGAGUCCCAGCUCCUGUGGGAGUUCAUCGCGUUCCUCAAGGCCCGGUGGUCCGCGCGCUCCCGCGUCGACCAGCGCCGCCGCCGCCUGCGCCAGCUCGUGGCAAUGGUCCGCGCCGUCGCCGACGCCGCCGAGGGGGCCGCCGCCGUCCGAGACGGCUCCCUCUCCGCCUGGCUCCACGUGCUCCGCGCCGAGGCGCUGCGCGGGCAGCAGGUCCUCGAGGCCCCCGGUUGCGACGCCGCCGCCGUCGCGGGCUCCACCAGGCACUUCCUCGCGGGCCUCAGGGCGCUGCUCGCCUGCAGCGCGGAGCUGGACCGCCUCACGGACGCCGUCGAGGAGCUCGAGCGCCUCGCGGGGCCCGGCGGGGACCUCGACAUGUUCGUCAAGGUGCUCCGCCUCGACACCGCCCGCGCCGACGAGAUGGAGGUCGACGGCGACGCGCGCGGCGGCGCUCCGGACCGCCAGGAAGAAGGGAGCAGCAGCAGCAGGGCCGGCUCGGUCGCCGCCUGCGCCGCCGGGCUCCCCGCCACGGGCGCCAAGAGGAAGCGCGCCGCCUGCAGCUCCGGCGCCGACGGGGGCUCGGCGUCGCGCGGCCAGGUGGACACCGCGGUCCAGCUGCCAAAGCGCCGGGUGCUCGCGUGGAUGCGGCCUCACCAGUGGCUCCCUGCCGCCUUCGGCGGCCUCGUCGCCGCGCCCCGCGAGCCGCCGGUGCCUCGCUCGCACCGCGCCCUGGCGGUGGCGAAGGCGAUGUCGCGGGUCCGACGCCGCAUCGGCAAGCCGACGAGGCGCCGGCAGGAGCUGCAGCAGAGCCUCGGCCGUCGCCUAUCGCGCAUUUCGCUUUGGUGGUGGCCACUGCCAGGAUCUGCUCCUGCAUUUUGGUAGCAGAGUGAGGACUCCCCCUGCAAUCUGAGAGUUUCGGUCGAUGCAAGUUCCUACUAGCUAGCUCUUCCUCCUCGAGCUUAGAAACAUAGAAUCCGUGAGCCGCCUAGAGUUCUUCGACGAUUGACUUGUGAUUUUGUCGUCUGGAAGCUGGAGUGGUGAUUUCAGCCUAGUGCCAAUCCUACAUUUCUGCUAGUUGCAGUGGAUGCAAAUUACGAGCUACUAGUUCCUCCAA